GCCAGAUAACAAUAGUGAAGACGUGUUCCUCACUCACACUAACUAAAAGUUCUCUCAACAUCCACCAAGAUGGGCAUCCGAAAAAAGACCACCAAGAACCCGCCGGUGCUCAGCCAUGAGUUUGUGAUCCAGAACCACGCGGAUAUUGUGUCCUGUGUCGCUAUGGUGUUUCUCCUGGGUCUUAUGUUUGAGAUUACAUCAAAGGUAGCGGUUUUGUUCAUAACUGUGCAAUACAACGUCACGAUUCCAGCAAAUGGAGGUCCAGAGGAAGCGACAGUGAAUUACUUUCAUUAUGGUCUGAAAGAUGUGGCCACUAUUUUCUUUUACAUGUUGGUGGCCAUUAUCAUGCACGCCAUUAUUCAGGAAUAUGUGCUGGAUAAAAUCAACAGGAAGAUGCACUUCUCUAAAACCAAGCACAGCAAGUUCAAUGAGUCGGGUCAGCUGAGUGCCUUCUACCUCUUCUCCUGCCUGUGGGGAGCCAGCAUUCUUGUUUCUGAGAACAUCCUCUCAAACCCUGUCAGCCUGUGGGAUGGCUACCCACACACCCUAAUGCAGUUCCAGAUGAAGUUCUACUACAUCUGUCAGCUCGGCUACUGGCUUCAUGCAAUCCCAGAGCUUUACUUCCAGAAGGCCAAGAAAGAAGACAUUCCUCGCCAGCUUGUUUAUAUAAGCCUUUACUUGGUCCACAUCGCUGGAGCCUACGCUCUGAAUCUGAACCGGUUGGGUUUGGUGUUGCUGGUUCUGCAUUACUUUGUUGAGCUCAUCUUCCAUGUGUCCAGACUCAUUUACUUCAGCAAUGAGGAAAGGCAGAGUGGGUUUACAGUGUGGGCUGUUCUGUUUGUGCUGGGCCGGCUGUUGACUCUGUCUCUGUCUGUUCUUACUGUGGGCUUCGGCCUUGCAGGAGCAGAGAAACAGGGUUUGAAUCUUGCAGAGGGAAGCUUUAAUGUCCUGUUUGUGCGAGUGACCGUUCUGGCUGCCAUAUGCAUCACUCAAGCUUUUAUGAUGUGGAAAUUUAUCAACUUCCAGUUGCGACGAUGGAGAGAACAAGCACAGACUCAGACCUUAAAGAAGAAAUCAUCCUCUUCUAAGAGCAAAUCAAAGAAAGCCAAUGGUGUGAAUGGAUCUGUUGGAGCCAGCGGAGCAGAUUCCCCCAGAGCGAGGAAGGAGAAGUCAUCAUAAACCUCCUGCAUUCCCAGCUUCCCAAAUCAGCACCAUCAUUCCUCUGCGUUUUCCCUUCACCCUCUUGUUUAUCAGAAAGAAUGAAAAAAAAAAAAACUUGCAACUUCCUCAUCCUGCUUCUUGAUCCUGUAGGAUGUCGAAUGCCAUAUUUUACAAAGCCAUUCAACUAUUAUGAGCGGCUUAAUGAAAUGUGGCUUUAGGGGAUUUUGAAGAGGGUCUUUUUAUUCCCUGCGCAUUCUGAGGUCCAUUUGCUUUCUGCCUUUUUUUUUUUUUUGCUAAUGCUGCAAUCUCAAAUCCCAAAUCUAUGAUCCAGCCAUACCUGCAAAGAAAACAUGAGAACUGUGGGGGGCGGGAAAGAAAAGUAACUUAUUUUUUUACAAGUGCCUAAUCAUACAUCAUUUUGACAGGUCAGAGAGGGAUAAUCCAAUAUUUUAGCUUGAGUAUAAAAUCAGGGUUGUAUUUAAAGUUCUCUGAAGGCUCAGUUUUUUGCUGAUUCUGUCCUAUGCAUUUGGAACCACGUCUACAGUCUCUCCAUUUGUGUUGUUGUGUUGAAGCAUCAUCAGAUUUCUAGAAAAAAAAACGUUCAUUAGCAAAAGAUCACAAGCAAAGACAUUCAUCUGAUGCCUUAUUUUAGACAAGUUCAUGAAUUGCGUUUGUUGCACUGUAUUGUGUAAUUUGGUCGAGUUAAGCAAUUAGUGUAAUGCUCCACACAUUGUUGAUUUAGCAAAGAAACUAAAGCGAUGUGCUUUUGAUUUGUCAAUAGAUUCCACCAUUUAAUCUUGGACUUUGCACAGCUGACUUUGCUGUUUGGUGUAGAUAACACAUGAAAAUGUCAAAUCACAUUCCAGUGAGAUUGUGAAACUCUGGUCAAAAUCGAAGGAAAAGUUCUCCUAAUUUCUCAGUUUUGGCUUAAGAACAGCAAUAUGUAACAAUGAAGAAAGGAACAAGCAUUGUUAUCUCACAUUACUUUCAAAAUACAACCAAGUUGACCAACAAGCAGUGAAUACGUUAAUAAAUGUCGUUUUCACAGUUA